GGGUCGGUCAUCGACGCGCUCUCCCGACUACACCACAUAAUCUGUCGCUCUUUGCCUUUUACCUCUGCUACAGCUCGUCGACGUCUCAAUUUAUGACCAACAGCAGAUUCUCUCUGUAAUACUGUCCAUGAAACUUACACUGCGUCCGGAAUGGCGCCUCCGGCCACUCUCAUCCGCCCUUGGGUUCCUUGAUCUCAAGACAGCUGUUACCAUCGUUCUACUCUUCGCUGUCUUGAACAAGGUCGCAGGCAUAUAUGGCCUCGUCGCCGCCUUCACAGGGGCAGGCGGUUCCGCAGCCCAACUCAGUCUAUACAUCUACUCCGUAUUAGGCCUCGCUGCUCUAGUAUGGGGGCUCAAAUCAACAUCUGGGGAAAAUCCGAAGCAUACCCUAUACUUUGCGCACCUGUUCUUUGCUGACCACGUCAUCUCGACGGCAUGGCUCGUCUUCUUCGCGGUCAUGUGGUGGAUGUAUACUCCCCAUGAUGGCCGCCGUCAAGCCAACUCCGCUGCGCAAGAGGAGAUGAUGAAGGCCGGCGCCGGACUCGUCAACCACAACAUGACGCAGGAGCAGCGAGAGCAGGCGGCUAUGGAAAUCUGGGAUGAAGAGAAAGGCUUGGCAACUGCUGUCAUUGUUCUUGGUUGGCUCGUAAAGAUCUACUUUGCUGCACUCCUCUACUCGUACGCCAUUCACCUCCGCAAGGGCUCUUACCGUUCCCUACCUCGUUCUCGUCCGUCUCCCAUCCUUGUUUCGACGGCCUUCGGUCUUCCGGAGGACGAAGACGACGAUGUGGAGGACUUCUACCGCCUACCUGUGCGGGCUCCACAGCAAAUGCACAGCCGUCAGUCAAGCUUGACACAUCCCCAAGGACACGCCCAGACAGGAUCCCUCACGAGCUUCGCCGACUUCGUCACUGCUCCCGGCCCGGGACGUGCACGUCGCACGAAGCCGGGCAAAUCCAAUCUGAGCUCGAGCCUUAGCGCGACCAGCGCCAGCGCGAAGGGCGCGGGCGGUGACGCAGACGACAUGAGUGAGGUACUGUUCGACGAGGAAGAGUUGUCCGCCGGCGGACACCUUCGCACCGAGGACAGCACGAGUGGAGACUCGCUUGACGAGGGUCAGAGCAGCAGCACGAGCCGUAGCAGUAGACGCUCAAGCCGGGGUGUCAGGGUGUAGUUGCGCAGCGGAUUGUCCGACCAUACUCUAGGGAUGGAUGGUGCUCAGCCGGCUGUGCUGGUUGCACCUAGUUGACGGGAACGUAUAUAUAAGCAUGGUACAUUCAGGUGGUCUGGUUAGAACCCGAACAAGUUAUACAGUAUAGUCGGGCGGAAUCUAUCGUAAUGUCAUCACUACCCUCUCGGGCGCAUUUGAGUUAUAGGUUGGGGUAUUCUAUGAAUGAAUUGCACGAUACAUCUUAGCACCUGUCCACUUGCAUAAUCUCUCUCAUCUCAGCGCAGUCUAUGGUCGUGUGU